AUGAGCGAAAGGAAUUUCCAUCCCACACGAGAUCGUUAUCAUUUUGACCGAUCCAAUUCGAGGUCAUCAUCAUUGUCAUCAUCUUUUUCAAAGUAUUUAAUAUCCUAUGAUAACUCUUUCAAGACACAUUUCCUCUUUUGUUGUUGUCUGUUUUUUCUGUACUUUUCGUCACUGCACAGAGUGAAUGCCCAAACCUACAAACUCGAAAUUUCUCAUCGAACUGUUGUAGCUGGUUCUCAAGAAGUCUUAUUGACACUCAAUCCAACCUAUCCAUUUACAAUCUCCUACACGUCGGUGGUUUUUAAUUGUGUGAGUGAUGUUUGCUCAUCGACACCUGUCAUUGGUGAUCCAAAAAACUCUAAAACUUUUGUGUCAUUGCCAACCUCGUGGAUUCUCUAUGCGGCUGUCGUGGAGAAACCUCAAACUUUUGAAUUUAAAGCAACGGUCACACGAGGUGGAAUGCAGAAUGUGACCAAUUCAGUCUUUCUUACUGCGAUUCCAAAAGUUUUGAAUUUACAAUCAACGAAUUUGUGGAGUCCAGGUGAUGUGAUGCGAUGCGAUGGAGCUAAUUGUUAUUAUGAAAGCUUUUUAGAUGUCAAUCCAAAACCAAUUGGUAAGAAUGCUGUUGGGGAGGUCUCCAUUCGUUACUUGAUGGAUGGAGUGCCUGUUCCUGAUUGGGAUGGAAAACAAUUCAUCAAAAUUUCACCACGUUUUCUUUUCGCUAAUACUAUUGCCAAUAAUAAUGGAAAUGUGAAAAAUUUAACAGCUCUUGUGCUGUCACCAAACUUGCAAAAUUCGACGUUCACAACCUUGAUUACUGGAACUGUGGAUUUGUACGGAUUUUAUUUCAUUAAGGGAGGAAACAGAACACAUUCGAUGGAUAAAGAUUUAUUAAUAUCCAUUGGUUCCUCUAAUUUGAAAGAUUAUCCUUUGAGUUUAUUGACUUCUGUCACUUGGACUUGUUCUUUCUCAGGAAAUUCAUGUCCAUUCUCAUCUUUUUUGACAAGUGGAUUCAAUAAUCAAAUUAAGGCAUCAGAUUUUCUUGCAUUUAACAAAACAGGUCAAUAUUCUUUCACUGCUCAAUUGACCUCUAUUUAUGGAGAACAAGCGACUUUGAAAGCCAUGAUCGAAAUUUCAUCGACCUCUCUUCCAAACUUGUAUGCAGAACCCAUUGAUCCAUUUAUUAGUUGUUUUGGAUCUAGUCCUCCCACGUUUAGUGUGAGAGUUUUUGUGGACUCGAUUGCCACUCCAAUGACCAUCAAUCGUCAAGUGGCUCAAUACUCGAAUUUUGCAUCUUCUACUGUUGUGAAAAAUACUCAACAAGGAACAAUAUUCAACAUUACAAUUAGUGCUUAUAGUUGUUUAAAGAUUCAAUAUGCAGAGAUGUAUACGAUCACCAUGCCAAAUGGUGCCACUAUGAACAUUUACUUGACCACUUCAAUUGUCAAGUUUGAUAUUCCCAACAAAGUCGAUUACUCUUCAUCCAGCCAAAAGUUCAGUGUCUAUGAAACCAAUUCUUGGUCACAGUGGGACACGUACUCACAAAACAUUUUUAAUCAAGAUCUUCAACCUGUUGAGAUUGUAAACGAUGACUCGACCUUUCCAAGCACUCUCAUAGUUACAAAGAGGAACGUUUAUUACACCAAAACACCAUACUUUACAGGUAAUCGAAAGUUUAUCUUUUCACACAAAUAUGGAGGUAAAGCAAUAGCUACCUAUUACAUGAACUCUUACAGUGGUCCUACUGCUUUAACUAUAUUAGGUUGUAACAAUUUAGUGAGCUAUGCGAAUUCAGCUCUUGACUACAUUAGCAAUCAAAUCGCUGCACUUCCUCUCACAAGUGUGAAAAGAAUUACUGAAAUGGACACUCUAUUGAGAAUAUUUCUUUAUUGCCCCUAUGGAAGUACCUUAUCAGACAAUCAAGCUUCACUCUAUUAUUUAAGACAAUCUGCAAUGAGUGUUGCCGGAAUAAUGUUGACAGAAGUGGAAAAGGCAAAAAAUGUCAUGUUUGAUAUGGACGAUUAUUUGGCAAAAUUACUGAAAAGUUUCACACAAAAUUUACUGACAUUCACAAGUGUUACAGGAGUCUAUAAUGAUGUAAUGAAAAAUGGAGAUUGGAAAACAUCUCUUAUUGGAAAUAUUCAAUUAGUGACUACAAGUGGAUUGAGCAUUCCUUUCUUCAAUUCCAGAACAUCCUCUUUUUUGGUGGAUGUUGCAAUGGAUGGAUCUAAUCAAGAUAUGAAACAAUAUGCUUCCAAUAUCGUUCAUGCCGUGGAAGUCUUGCAUGCUCUUUAUGAAUCAUCCAAUUCAAGCAUAAUUCUCAAGGGAUUUAAAAUGUUCACCAAAUAUCUCUAUUCUUUGAAAGAAGUGAAAUCUCUCAUUACUGUUUUAGAAGCCAACCCAGUGGAUGUUUCUAUUAAUUUCCCAAAAAGUGGUAUUGUCGAUAAUGGUUUUUAUGGAGAUUAUCGACUUGCUGUUUCAACCAUCACGGUCAGUCAACCACAAAAUGAAACAAAAAUUGCAAACACUUUUGUAAUUCCAAUGGUGGUGACUGCUCAUUUCACACGAUUAGAAGAUAAUUCCAUCUUGUCAGUCACCAAUCUUACAGAAAAUAUUAAGAUUUUAUUCGAUACUUUUCAACCACCUCGACAAGACUUUGAUUCCUAUAUGAAUGGAGAUUUACAAAUUUUAUGUGUCUAUUAUGACAAUCAAAAUUGGUCUUCGAAUGGAGUAUCGACAUUUGUUCAAUCUUCUUCAGAUGGAUCUCUCACCAUUGUGUGUGAAACUUCACAUUUAUCAUCCUUUGCAGUCAUUUAUCAAGAGGUUUCGAAAGGAGGACCAAUGGAAGGAUUAAGUGGAGGAGCCAUUGCUGGCAUUGUGAUUGCAAGUUUAAUUUUAUUUGCAUGUUUGGUGACUUUGAUCGUGACCAUUGUUCUUCUUGUUGGAUACUAUGUCAUUUAUCCAAGAGUAGUGUUAAAGAAGAGGAAGUUGUUGUUAUCGUCCAAUACGACGAACAGCACUUCCAAAGAAGAAAAAAAAGUUGUCCAAACGAUCACUUCCAAGCUUUCUGAAAAAACAGGGAAUAUUCUCCAUUCAAAAUCUCCUUCUACUGUACUUUCUGAAACAUUGAAUAGCAGUAGCCCAUUUCCUCUCAACAUUGACACAGAUUCAAAGACCAACUAUACAAGUUCACUUUUUAUUUCAGAAUAUUCUUCUGUAAGAACAGAUCAUGCACCAAGUCCAAGUAAUAGUAUCAUCACUUCUUCAACGAUUGAUAUUGUUAGCAAAAAGUAUGAAAUUAUUGAGAAAAUUGGAGCUGGAGCUUUUGGAGCUGUCUUUAAGGCAAGAUAUUUGUUAUAUUCUGGAAAAGCAGGAGAAUCUGAGUUUGUUGCAAUCAAGCGAGUGAAUCUCACAGGAUUAUCAGAAUUGAAUGAAAAAUUCCAAGAAGCUGUCAACAUGUUCAAGAAUAAGCAUGAAAAUAUUGUGACACUUCAAGAUGCCAUUGUCGAUCAAAAUACCAUGUCACUCUUUUUAGCAAUGAAAUAUUAUAGUUUUGGAGAUUUGGAAAUGAAAGUGAAAGCAAAACAACGACUUUCAGAAAAGAUGUUAAAACAAAUUAUUUAUCAAGUGUGUAAAGGAUUGAAUUAUAUUCAAGUUGAAAGUGGAAUGAUUCACAGAGAUGUUAAACCUUCCAAUAUUUUCAUUGAUUCAAUUGAUGAGAAGGAACAAACAAUUCGAGUGGUAUUAUCUGAUUUUGGUCUUGCAAAAGAAAGUGACAUGAUGAGUAGUUUCUCUUUUGCUGGUACUCCUUAUUUUAUGAGUCCUCAACUUCUUAUUGGAUCAAAAUACAGUUUCAACACUGACAUUUUCAGUUUAGGAUGUAGUAUCUUUAUCAUGAUUACAUUCGAUUCCAGUCAAUCCUUAGCUCAACUCUAUUUGAGAAAUCAAUCCAAUUUGAGUGUCGUUCAUUCCUUCAUCAUUGAGAGUAUUGAGAAAGCAGCUCCAUCUCAAUACAGCAAGGAAUUUGUAGAUUUAUUACUUGCCAUGUUAGAAUUUGAUGCAGACAAGAGACCAAAUGCUAAAGAUAUUUUGGACAUGAGUUUUUUCAAUGAUCAAUAA